AGCUGUGCUGAGGCCGAGUGGAGCUGGAGCUGGGGCUGGAGACGUCCAGAGCUGGGGCUGGAGCCGUCCGGAGCUGGGGGCAGUGAGCAGCUGGGGAGAAUGAGGGGGACCCUGGGCAGUGGGCCCAGCACAGGGAGACGCCUCAGCCAAGAGGCCUUGCAGGCCAGACUUGGAGGGGGACCGUAACCCUGUCAGGGCAGGGGCGACGCUGGGAAGAAGGGUCCUGCCACCUAGAGCCUGAGAGCGUGUGGCCACCGGCCAAGCAAGUGUCCGACCCGCAGCGUCCCUGCAGCACAGCCAGGGCCUGAGAAGGAGCCUGUGACCUGCCCUGACGUUCCAGAGACACUGUUUGUGAUGUUCCCUACCACAGAGCUGGCGUGGAGAGCACAGGUGACCACGCAGAGCUCAUCAGCACAGGUAACCAUGAUGGAGUGCCAGGAUCGCAAAAGAGCUCCAGCAUGGACCGAACGGGAGAGGCUAGUGAAGAUUAGAAGGAGAAAAUGGCGGACUCAGGAUGAUAUGUUCUCGGAGCUCCAGAUGUCCUCCCACGCUGAAAGAGCACAGCAGAAUGCGUGGAGGCAGUCAAUGUCAGACUACAGAAAAGCACAAUCUGAACGAGAGGAGAGGUGGCGGGCAGAAUCGCGGGAUGAACAGAGCAAGUGGCGGGCUGAAGAUGAUAGGUGGCAUCAGCUUGCAGACAGAAGGCAGGAGUCGAUGCUCCGGCUGCUGGAGCAUCAAACUGAUAUGCUCCAGCAUAUGGUUGAGCUGCAGGAAAGGCAGCAGGAGCAGAGACCGCCGCUACAGCCCCUGUGUAACCAACAGCCCUUCCCCAAGUUCCAUAGCCUCCUCACCCAGACGCCCAAGAACACGGUGGGGGGGCCUCCGGCCACCCAGUCACUCCACCCCAGAUGAUUGCCCGAGCAUCAGAAGGCUGGCCUUCAAUAAGAGUUAAAGUUUUAAACUGCAGUGUGUCCUUUUCCUUCCCUCCUCCCCCACCCAUCCCGGGCUACCUUGGCAAUUAUCCCCCUAGUUGUGUGAUGAAUUAAUAAAGAAUGCAUGAA